AUGUAUCUAUUGAAUUUGAUGCAGCUGUGCGCGUGCGGUAGAAAGUGGACGCAGCCUAGUCGUACUAGCAUUCGUACUGGUGAAGAGGAAAAUCUACAAGAAGCUCAGCAGCUGCAGUCGCGAGAUCCUUCGUCGACGCGUAACGACGGCGCCGGCGCGACCCACCUAACAUCGCAACCACGAUCCGCUCAGGCGCCGACCUCUGCCGCCAGCUAUAACUCGGCUUCGGGCACCGCCGCUGCCGCUGCUGCCGCCGCCGCAGCCGCGGCUUCCGCGUCAAAUUCCAAAUCAUCCGCCGCAGCGCAAUCGUCCGCGAGUCCGUCCGGCAAAGGUAGCGGCCCAGCAGAUCCGCCCAAGGAGGACGAUGCCGGUGGCGGCGAUCAGGCGGGCGGAGGGGGCGGUCAGACGACGUGUCUGAACAACUAUCUGACCAUCAAGGAGCUGCACGAUAUCGAAGAGGAAGACGAUCAGCUCGAAGAAGAUCCCAUAUCCGAAAGUUCCAACUCGUUGUUGAUUUUAAACAAAGUGAAAACGUCUCUGUCAACGUUAUCGGCGUCCGGCGCUUAUCAGCAGCAUCCGCAAUUGCAAAAGUGCGAGAGCCGCAAAAAGAAACGUAAUUUGAGGACUCGGUCGGCGACCAGUAGCAGCACUACAUCGCAUUGA